CAGGAAGUGAAUAGACGACAACACGUUCCCUAGGCUUCUACGAUCAUCCAGCUCUUCAAGUACUUUCUCGACACUUUCAACCGGUAUGAGUAUUCUUUGUGAAGUGCGACCACAACUCUUUCAUCUCCAGAUCCUACACUGACCAACGCGAAGAACACCCGCAACUCGCUAUGAAAGGAUUUCCCUCAGAUUGGUACAGCUCCCUCGAAAUGCCUCCUCACGUGGUGAAGCUCGUUAACUACGCGCCUGGUGAUGGACGACAACAUCGCCAUAUUGUCGCCGACGACCAGCCAGCGACACGCGAACCAACAAUCAUCCACGAGAGAAACGCCCGACAUGCUCUUUACACGGACACGCGUCGAACUCUCGGCAUUCUAUGUCCUACACAUCGCGAACAACUGUCACAAAAAUUCGGUGAUGAUUCUCGACGAACUCUCCCGAUACCCUCGAUAACCCAGCGGAACUUAAUGCCGCUGGGUCCGCUCUGCACAUCCAAACAUCUCGCCUCGCUCUACCGCGACCCUACGGUUCUCGCCGCACCUUUCGACACAUGCGUCUGCUCGAGUCGAAUUCUGCAUUCGGAAACCCUACGAGGUCCACAAGAUUGCAGCGCUUGCGCUAUGGCCCAGAACAACUUCAAGAAGAGAGCCUACCUCACCCGCACGCAACGUGAGGAUCACUCACGUAUGAUCUGCGGCUGCGAAUGUGAAGAGGUUCUUACCGGCGCAAGCGAGGUGAUGCGAAUUUGCGCAUGUUGCGAAGGUCUGGUGAGUGUACCUUUGCACGCGUUGGAUAAUGUCACGCAUUUGGCUGCGCCGGCCGGUGCGCCUAGUUGUGAGUAUGGGAGCGUAUCAACAAUGCAGCAGGAUGAGAGUAUCCUGUGUGAAGCCGAACAUCCCAUUUGCAGGGAGUUCUUGAUGCCGACUCCGGGCUUCGAAGUCGUGCAGCUCGGAGGUGAGAUUGGAGACGAGGAGCAAGCGGCGCAGGAAAUUUUCCGGGCGGGAGCGUCAUGGCUGCGACGACUAGCUACGAAUCACCGAGGACUUCCUGAAGCUGGAGCUUCGGAACUUGAGGACGCGACUAGAUGGAAUUUUGACCAGGUCCAAGAUCGAGUCCCACCAGUUGAUCAAGAGGUUGGCCAUAAUCAUCGUCGGGAUUCAGUGGCAACGUGGAUGGCUGACCUGGCACCAUCCAACGAUACCCAAUUGUGGUCGCCUUCAACGUCCUUCGCUGCUCAUGAGGGACAAGACGACUUCGCUGCGCCGCUCGGAGCGAUCACAACACCAAUAUAUCGCCCGGAUCUUCCGCGGUUCCCCUCGUUCGAUCUUAUAGGGCACCAAUAUGAUUGAUAUCUAGAAGACGGGGUCGAGUGCGAGCGCCCAGUAAAGAUGUCUGGACGCUGGAGAAAAGUUGAGUUUGCUAUCUGUAAUGACGAUAGUUAAGCCAAGAUCGCAUUGGCAACGGGGAAAUCAUGGAUGUGCGUAAUCUUCGUAAAUUUUGCUGUUGAUCAACAUACUAUCAUCACUUACUCCACCAGUAUCCUUC